CAAUCGAAUAUAGUUUCGUAAGGGAAACAAAAAUCAAAGAAGUAUCGACCUUCCCUUUCCGAAUAUGUGAAUGUAGUUAGUAUAAUAAGCCUCGAGACGAUAAGAAAGAAAAAUUAUUCGUUGAUUUGUUCAAUUUGUAACGAAUCAUCAGUGAAUUUCAAUUAGGAUAUCCCUAAAUUUCUCACCUAAAGAUACAAAUAGUUGUUUUACUUAAAAAAAAAGAAUGGACGAUGACAUAGCUAGUCUUAAUUACGAUUGCAAUUAUAACCUUUACCUGGCCAAGCGCCUGGUCAUCGACAUGAAGAGAUUUCGCGGUAUUCCUUUUAAUUAUAUAGAUCAUCGAUUUAUUGAAAAUUUACCUACUUAUUUCGCUUUAGAUCGGCAAAACGCAGUAAAAUGGUUACGUUUCUUGAUGAAUACCAACCACGAUAUUGCAGCAAUGCGACUUAGAAAUGAUUUUAUGCAUUAUUUAGUAUUGAAUCUUCAAGAAAGUCAAUUGAGGCCACCUUUCGACAAACCACCGCCUAUUAUCGAAUGUCUUACGGAUAUAGCCAGAUUCAUAGUCAGUGUAUUUUAUCCUGGCAAAAUCGACGUUACUGACGAUGCAUUGGACUCAUUAAUCAAUUUAGAGGAUCUGGCUGAAGAGAAAUCAAUGAUAAUGUCAUUAUCGCCAGACGAUGGUGCUUUUUUGACUUCUCAACCUGUACCUCAUCACGGUUCCUUUUGUUAUUUGGCUAUUACUACGAAGAAAAGGGAAAGUUAAGAAUAGGAAUCGUCGUUAUAUCAAUUUCUUCGAUAUAUUCUUUCAUUUUAUUCCCCCAUAACUCAUGUAUCUUCUUAUAAAGUAUAUUUUUUUUAUAUGAGGUAUAUGUUUUAUCUUUGAAUAUUUC